ACGAAUUUUGCAACGAUUCGCAUCAAUGCAUCAGCAAGAAUUUACUGCAUCUUUUUUAGUGCGUAGCUUUUAUGGUUACUAAGCUGUGGUCGCUUGCUGAUUCCUUAAAUUGAUGCUUGGUGCAUUUGCUUCCAUAUAAUACCUGCUUUUUCAAUCUAUCAAGCAGUCCUCACAGCGAUCCGUUUUGAAGUUCUAUUCAACAUUGAUUCAUAUAGUCCCAUUCCAUUUCCUACCCGUCCCAUUGGGCUUCCUCCUAGUAUUAUACUUCCCAAGAUCUCUUAUAGGCGAUUUUGAUUCAUCACGAAAGAGGCCUCUUGAUUCAAUUACAAUUGAGUCACAUCAGUAAUUCUACAUUCUUUUCACGUAGUACUAGUUUUUAAGCUUCCCACUAAGCACGAACAAAAUGGCCGAUCCUGCUGCUCCAGCUGCUGCCGCUCCGGCCGCCGUGCCGCAAAAGAAGCGCUCCCCAAACCGCCUCGUCGUUGAGGAGGCCGUCAACGAUGACAACAGCGUUAUCUCUCUCUCUCCCGCGAAGAUGGACGAAUUGAACCUUUACCGUGGCGACAACGUCCUUAUCAAGGGUACUAAUACACUUGAAGCUUUAAUACCGUGGUGAUAACAUGUCCUUUUAGAACAUGUGCCACGCCUUUUACAUGUACAGUUUUUGCAGUGUAAGAAAAAAGACAAACAUGCAUCAUAGAAAAAGAAUUACCCUUGCCUUCCCCAUCCCUCAACAAAACCACCAUCCCUCAACUCCACUCUCUUACCUUUCCCCUGCACCAAUGAAGAACAAAAAGGGGAUGCUAAAAUAUUCUCAAGAACAAAUCCUGAACUGACGACCACAAGGUAAGAAGCGUAAAGACACUGUUUGCAUUGUCCUAGCUGAUGAGGCAUUAGAAGACCAGAAAGUGCGUGUUAACAAGGUCGUGCGUAAGAAUCUGCGUGUCCGACUAGGCGACGUUGUCUCCAUCCACGCAUGCGGAGACGUGCCAUACGGCAAGCGCUGCCACGUCCUCCCUCUCGAUGAUACCAUUGAGGGCAUCACCGGAAACUUGUUUGAGACGUAUACUUCCCACUUUGGUCUUGAUACUUACUUCUACGUUUUGAAUUGCAAUGACACGUUUAUUCUAGUUGCUGGAAACAAAUGAUUCAUUAUUUGGACUUAGAACAGUAUCAUUCUCCUUCCCCACACCAACCAACAACAAAUCCCUAACGUUUAGGUACCUGAAACCUUAUUUCCAGCAAAUCCCCUCAACCACCUAGGUACCUGAAACCUUACUUCUUGGAAGCCUACAGGCCGGUUCGUCAGGGAGAUUUGUUCUUGGUGCGUGGUGGUUUCCGCCCAGUCGAAUUCAAAGUCGUCGGCGUCGAACCGGGAGAGUUUUGCAUCGUGGCGCCGGAUACGGUACUUGGGAUUUCGUUUUUGUCGUAUGUUUUUGUUGCUGUUGACAAGCUUGAGUCUCAUUUAUCCUCUAAUACCAAUGAUGAUCCAGUCCUGAACUCCAUACCCAGUGCGCUGUUCAUCCUCCCAUUCAGCUCUCUCACUCGUUCCUGAACAUCUUCUACAUAGGUCAUCCACUGCGAAGGCGAGCCGGUUAAGCGCGAAGAUGAGGAGCGUCUGGACGAUGCUGGCUAUGAUGACAUUGGUGGAUGCAAGAAACAGAUGGCUCAGAUUCGUGAGAUGAUUGAGUUGCCGUUGCGUCAUCCGGCUCUCUUUAAGACCUUGGGUGUCAAGCCCCCUCGUGGUGUGCUGCUCUAUGGACCGCCGGGUACAGUUUUUGUUUGAAUCCGCUAACUAUCUACUGGGCGAUUUCUGAAGACCAUGGUGUUGCAAAGAACUUUCUUUCUACUUUCAGAAGCUCCAUCGAUCAAGUCAGAAGAACUAGUACAUAUUUAUGAUCUUUAAUUCCCACAACGAACCUCAACACUACCUACAAGAACCUCACCUUAUACAUAGGUAGCCCUCAACACUACCUACAACCUCACCUUAUAGGCAGCGGAAAAACCCUCAUUGCCAAAGCCGUCGCCAACGAGACUGGUGCCUUCUUUUUCCUGAUUAACGGACCGGAAGUUAUGUCCAAGAUGGCUGGUGAGGCGGAGUCUAAUUUGCGUCGUGCGUUUGAAGAAGCCGAAAAAAAUGCGCCAGCCAUUAUCUUCAUCGAUGAGUUGGACUCGAUCGCGCCGAAGCGUGAUAAAACGAACGGAGAAGUCGAGAAGCGAGUGGUAUGAAUAGAAGCUCCUCACGAUUUUUUUCAUUUAACCUAUAAGCACCCAUCUUCUUCUAGAAAGAGAAUCACAUCAAGUUUUCUUAUCGCCUUUGUGAUAAGUAUCUUCGUCGUACAACAGCUAGAAUUCUACGUAUACAACAUCGAUUCUAUGUAUACGUACAGCUAGAAUUCUUGUGGAAACGUUUUCUCACUUACUUAUCUGUUUCCUAAUACAUAGUACACCUCAAUCUCAAACAAAGGUCUCCCAACUCCUUACCUUGAUGGAUGGUCUCAAGGGACGUGGUCAAGUCGUCAUUAUCGGCGCAACAAACCGUCCGAACUCCAUCGAUCCGGCUUUGCGACGUUUCGGACGAUUUGACAGAGAGUAUAUUAAUCUUACGUUUCUCAUAGUUUGAUGAAUUAAGAUGUGAUACGCUAUUAAGCAUCACCGCCUCCUUGAUACGGAUUUUUCCGAGUCCUUAUAGAUCGCCAAUGGCGUGAUAAAAGUAGUCCUCUUCUCAUCAUCUUUUUUUAUUCACGAGUGGGUGACCCAUUCUCAUCUCGACGUCUUCUUAAAUAACAUCGUAGGUUGGACAUCGGUGUCCCGGAUGACAACGGCCGUCUCGAAAUUUUGCGUAUUCACACGAAAAACAUGAAGCUCUCCCCCAAUGUAAAGCUUGAGGAAAUCGCUGGAAACACCCACGGUUUCGUCGGUGCGGAUCUUGCGCAAUUGUGUACGGAGUCUGCACUCACAUGUAUUCGUGAGAAGAUGGACCUUAUCGACUUGGAGGAAGAAACGAUCGAUGCCGAAAUUUUGGACUCGAUGGCGGUGACGCAGGUAUUUUCUAUAUUUCUGAAAUUCUGAAACACCGUCACCGAGUUUCCAUUCCUAUGUGGAGUUUUUUUUUCCUUUCCUAUACGAAGCCCACAGCUACAUCAACGCAAUCGAUCAGUCCUCAAGUUCUUAAACAAGGAAACAACUCCAACUACCCCCUGAAAAAGCACAAAGAUGAUCCUACUCCAAAUAACUUGAAACAAGUCCAACAACCCCACAACAGGACCACUUCAGCACGGCUAUGGGCGUGUGUAAUCCGAGUAGCCUGCGAGAAACCGUGGUCGAAGUCCCCAAUGUCAAGUGGGACGAUAUCGGUGGAUUGGAAGACACGAAGCGAUCACUCCAGGAGAUGAUCCUUUACCCCAUCGAUCAUCCGGAGAAGUUUAUGAAGAGAUUCAUUUUAUCCUUUGGGUUUGGAGGAAUAACAAAUUUUGAUUUUACCUCAAGUUUGAAAUAUGAUCUCUGUAUUCUAUUCCUAAGUUGUUCUCCUCCUCGGGUCCCAUUUCCUCUCUCUAAUCCCCUCGAGAAGUUCGGCAUGUCUCCGUCCCACGGUGUGCUCUUCUACGGACCCCCGGGUUGCGGUAAGACCAUGAUGGCAAAGGCGGUUGCCAGUGAGUGCAGCGCGAACUUCGUCUCUAUCAAGGGUCCCGAACUUUUGACGAUGUGGUUCGGUGAGUCCGAAGCUAACGUGCGUGAGGUGUUCGACAAGGCACGUUCAGCAGCACCUUGCGUGCUGUUCUUCGAUGAGUUGGACUCUAUCGGAACAGCUCGUGGUAGUUCUUCUGGCGACGCAGGUGGUGCCGGUGACCGUGUGAUGAACCAGCUUCUGACCGAAAUCGAUGGUGUUGGCGUCAAGAAGAACGUCUUUAUGAUUGGUGCGACGAACAGACCCGAGCUUUUGGAUGAAGCUCUUUUGCGUCCAGGACGUCUGGAUCAGCUGAUCUACAUUCCUCUUCCGGACCAAAACUCACGACUCCAGACGUUGCACGCAAAGCUGAAGAAAUCACCGAUCGCACCAAACGUGCCGCUGACAUUUAUCGCGCAGAAGACGGAAGGUCCUAAAUGAUGAGCUAUGUGUAUAGAACUGAUUUCGAAAGAACAAGUAGGUCCAGGUGUAGGUUCUAUGUAAAAAAAUCGCUCUGCUUGUUGCAACAAGCAGAAGCUGUAAUAGAAAUACGAAUAGAUCCAUCCAAGCAAACAAUCAGAACCACCAAUACAAUCGUUUCCAUCCAACAAAAACGAAUACAUUUGACACUUCAUCGUAACAAAGGUUUCUCCGGAGCCGAUAUCGAGAAUUUGUGUCAAAUUGCGGCAAAGGCAGCUAUCCGAGAUGCUAUUGCAGCGGACGAAUUGAAGGGUGGAGAUGGAGAUGCCGCUAUGGACGGAGAUGACGUUGCCGAAAUCACUCGUAAGCACUUCGAAGAGGCUUUUGCGGGAGCAAGAAGAAGUGUGAGCUUGACGGACUUGAACAAGUACUUACUUGAACUUAUUUUUCGGGUCUCUUUUGCUUGACACUUUUCUCAUGCUUGAUACUUGCUUCCCAUAUGUACUAGUUUAAACUUCUACUACGUGCCUGAAAUAUAAUGAAAACCCGUCCUGAUACCUUUUCCCUUUCUAGGUACGAUCAAUUCCGUAUGAAAUUUGAUCCGGUUUACAAGCAGAGCCAUGGAGGAGCCGCCGGUGGCGAUAGCGUGAACAUCGUGUGGCCGGAUGACUCUACCAAUUUCACCGCAGCUGCUGCGGAUGACGAUGAUGAUCUCUACAGUUAAGCUCUCUAGUUUGUCCUGGUCUUUCUAGGAGCACCCCUCCUAGUAGAAAGGAAAUGAUGGCACAACAUCACUCGGAAAUUUAGCUUUUUAUCAGAGAGAGUUUUUCAUCGGAGAUCUUCAUCAGAGUAGUCCGGAUAAUUGUAGCUCGCCCCAUUUAUGGUUAUACAAAUUAGGAAUAUAAUCUAGGUAGAAAACCACAAGCAGUCGGACGAUUGUGUCGAACAAAAAAGGUACUACCACAAAAUAAAGUGUGCAGCUAUUGUUCAUUUCAGAUCUGCGCUACAACCAUAGUAUCUCAAAAUCUAUCAAAUGUGAAGGUGUUAGAAACGUUCACACAGUAAUGACUAACUCUUGUAGUUGGGAAACUAUCUAGAUCUAGUUAAUCUAUGAGAACAGUUAUGAGAGGAUAAGAAAUUUGGAUUGAAGGGUGAAAACAUCAACAUGUUCAUGGUAAUGAUUCAGCUCAUUCAUUCUGGUUUCACGGAAUUUUUUUUUGGCUACACCAAUCCUUGAUCUGUCCCCAUCAUACGCAUAUUUUAGUUGUUUAUCGAUAUCGAUUUAUAUCGGGUAGAUGGUACUCAUUGUAGAGCAAGUUAAUAGAUUGUGUGAGGGAAUAUAAAGAAAUAAGAUGUUUUGAGUCCGACGUGAUGUAUUUCUUCGUGGGUUGUACCACGCGGAAGACUUUUUUGAGAAAAAACAACUCAUGUUGUGAACAGCCUGCGAACAAGAUGUCACUCACCAUAAAGGAGUGUUAUGGAACUGAUUUCUCACCUCUUUUCUAUCUAUUUGGGAACUACAACAACGCCUCCAAACUACCACAUGUUGGUUGUACUACUAUAUACUCCAAUCAUGUAGUUGGCACUAGGUGUUACUUUUUCAACUGUCCAGGACAGCGAUGAAAAGGACAGCAACACAUGACAUGUCAGCACAUUGAGGAACUCAGAGUCCAAGAAACAAAGACAUAUGUUGCUCUCCAGAAUUAUUUUUCAUGAUUUCCAUGAUGAAAAUUCCGAUCCAACAACCUAACAAACCAUGAUGAGGCAAAGUACCCUUAUAAAUAUUUUUCGAUCUAGAUUUCGAUAUGAAGAAAGCACCAGUGAGAGCGCAUUGAGCUCUUGACGAGUAGGUCCGUUCGAC